AUGAAACCUUCAAUCCGCCGUCGUGGCGCUGUUGUCCGACGACCAUACAAUUUCCGCGAGAACCACUGUUUUCUCCUCUUCGACAGAAGUUUCCGAGAAAUGUGCAGAACUGGGACAAAAUCAGAACGUGAAAUGAUCGACGAAAUCAUGAGACGAUUGACGGGCGACCGACGGCUGAUCGCUGAUGAGGACCAGUGCAUCGCAGCCAUAUCGCAGUCGGCGAAACAAAUGACGCAAAGCAUGGAAUUCGAAACUGUCUCCAGCAUAGGACGUCCGCAGUUUCCCCAGAUGUUAUAA